AUGAAGUGGACUGUGGAGCGGCCCUUCAGCGGGGAGCGUGGAGGCUGUGAGUUGUGGCGGUGCCUGGGGGCAGGAGAGGACGUCGCGCGUGUGAGGCCUGGCCCGGCCGCCGUGAUGGACAUGAGGGACAGGCGGCAGCAGCUGCAGCGCUCGCUCGGCCGCGGCACCGGCAGCUUCCGCAGGGACCUCCGCUACGCCACGGGCACGGGCACGGGCAUGGGCACGGCCACGUCGGCCCUGGACGCGGCGGACGAGUGCUGCGUGGCGGUGGCGCAGAAGGCCUACAGCGCCAGCGCCGGCGGCACGCUCAAGGCCUACGAGCACGAGAGCCGCGUGCGCUACGGGGGCUGCGUCGCCGAGCUCGUGCACCACGAGAGGGAGGAGUACGUCAGGCAAGGCCUCAACUUCACGCUGGCUGAGCUGGGCCUGUGUGAGCCGCCAUCCCAGUCCAGCACGUUCCACUCCGACCUGGACCAGGUCCAGCACGGCUACGCCCUCAGCGCCGCCUCGGACCUCGACAACGAAUCGGACCCCGAGGAGGCCAUGACCCCCGAGCGGGCCGUGCGGAUGUGGGGCGGACGCGGGCUGAAGUCGCGCUGCAGCUCGGGGCUGUCCAGCAGGGACAACUCGGCCCUCACCCUCACCGACUCCGAACACGAGCACAAGUCCGACGAUGAGUCCGGCCGCCCCCUCCCUCCCACACCAUCCUCCAACCUGCUCCCCCCUGCACCUCCUCCGCCCUCCUCGUCCGGCGCCCCCGCUAACCCCUCCGCGGCGGGCAUCAGGGAGUGCCAGGUGCCCCUGCUGGAUGGCAGCUCGUCCCAUGCCAUGCUGGACCCCCCCGCCGAUGACGAGUUCUCCCCUAACUCCUACCUGCUGCAGGCCUGCGCGCCCUCCUCCUCCUCCCAGCCCCCCGCAGCGGGUUCGUCCAGCCACCACAGCCAGUCGCUGCGUCCCCCCCUCCCUCCCCCGCACAGCAGCCACCACCAGUCCUCGGCCAGCUCCCUGAACCGCAGCGCGCACACCACGGGCGGCCGCCGCAACCUGGGCCACGCCGCCGGCGGCAGCACCGGGGACGGACCCUCCACGCCCGAGUCCGUCCAGCUCCAGGACAGCUGGGCGCUCAACAGCAACGUGCCGCUGGAGACACGGCACUUCCUGUUUAAGACGCCCUCGGGCACCACCCCGCUGUUCAGCAGCUCGUCGCCCGGCUACCCGCUGACGUCCGGCACGGUCUACUCGCCGCCGCCGCGGCUGCUGCCCAGGAACACCUUCUCCCGCAGCUCCUUCAAGCUCAAGAAGCCGUCCAAGUACUGCAGCUGGAAAUGCGCCGCCGUGUCCGCCAUCGGAGCGGCCAUCCUGCUGGCCGGCCUGCUCUCCUACUUCAUAGCACUGAACCUGCUCGGCCUCAACUGGCAGCUGAAGCGCACGGAAGGGCACCUGGUGAGCACCCGCCUCAGCACAGCCAUCGCGGGCAUCGGCGACGUGGCAACAGUGCCCUCCGGAGGAAGAGGGCCAUGGAUGUUCCGGAACAGCAGCAUAAAUAUGGGCGAGCUGGAGGUGGGCCGGCGGGUCAGUCAGGAAGUGCCCCCGGGCGUCUUCUGGAGGUCCCUGCUGCACCUGCGCCAGCCGCUCUUCCUCAAGUUCAACAUCUCCCUGGGCAAGGACGCGCUGUUUGGCGUCUACAUCCGCAAGGGGCUGCCACCCUCUCAUGCCCAGUAUGACUACAUGGAGCGUCUGGACGGCAAGGAGAAGUGGAGUGUGGUGGAGUCCCCGCGCGAGCGGCGCAGCAUCCAGACGGUCAUCCUCAACGAGGCCGUGUUCGUGCGCUACCUGGACCCGGGCACCUGGCACCUGGCCCUCUACAACGACGGGCGCGAGAAGGAGGCCGUGUCCUUCAACACCAUGGCGCUGGAUUCUGUACAAGAGUGCCCACAGAAGUGCCAUGGAAAUGGUGAAUGUAUAUCUGGAGUCUGUCACUGUUUCCCUGGUUUCCAUGGAACAGACUGCUCGAAAGCCGCGUGCCCGGUGCUGUGCAGUGGCAACGGUCAGUACAACAAGGGCACGUGCAUCUGCUACAGCGGCUGGAAGGGCCCCGAGUGCGACGUGCCCGUGGGCCAGUGCAUCGACCCCGACUGUACCGGCCACGGCAUGUGCGCCGACGGCUCCUGCAGCUGCGAGGCGGGCUACCGCGGCGAGAGCUGCGAGGAAGUGGAUUGCCUGGAUCCCAAGUGCUCCGGGCACGGCACCUGUCUGGGUGGGCAGUGCCACUGUAAGGCCGGCUGGGCAGGAGCUCUGUGCGACGUGCCCAGGGCACAGUGCCCCGAUCAGUGCCAUGGCCACGGGGCGUACAUCCCCGACACGGGCAUCUGUAGCUGCGACCCCAACUGGAUGGGGCCGGACUGUUCCACAGAGGUGUGCUCGGCGGACUGCGGGACGCACGGCGUGUGUGUGGGCGGCGUGUGCCACUGCGAGGAGGGCUGGACGGGCGCGGGCUGUGACCAGCGCAUCUGCAGCCCCCAGUGCGUGCGCCACGGCACCUGUCGCGACGGCAAGUGCCAGUGUCAGCAGGGCUGGAACGGCGAGCACUGCUCCAUCGACGGAUGCCCGGGCCUGUGCAGUGGGAACGGACAGUGCACCCUGGCGCAGAACAGCUGGCACUGCGAGUGCCACACCGGCUGGAGGGGCCCCGGCUGCAGCGUUGCCAUGGAGAUCACUUGCUCCGACAACAAAGACAAUGAAGGAGAUGGACUGACAGACUGCAUGGACCCCGACUGCUGCGCUCAGAGCGCGUGUUCAGCCAAUCCGCUCUGCCGCGGGUCACGCGACCCCCUGCUGGUCAUCCAACAGAGCGCGCCUCAGCCCCCUCAGAAAGUGCGCUCCUUCUACGAGCGCAUCAGGAUGCUGGUAGGCAAAGACGGGACCCACAUCAUCCCGGGAGCCAACCCCUUCAACGCCAGCCUGGCGUCUUUGAUACGUGGGCAGGUGCUGACCACAGAUGGGACUCCUCUAGUGGGUGUCAACGUGACAUUCGUGAAGUACCCUCAGUACGGCUACACCAUGACCCGACAGGAUGGCAUGUUUGACCUAGUGGCCAACGGCGGUGGUGCGCUCACCCUGCGCUUCGACCGCGCGCCCUUCCUGAGCCAGGAGCGCACCGUGUGGCUGCCGUGGAACCGCUUCUUCGCCAUGGACACGCUGGUGCUCAAGACGGAGGAGAAUACGUUCCCCAGCUGCGACCUGAGCGGCUUCGUGCGGCCCGACCCCGUGGUGGUGGCCUCGCCGCUCUCCUCCUUCUUCAGCUCCAGCCCCGGAGAGAAGCACAUCAUCCCCGAGACACAGGUUCUUCAUGAGCAGGUGGAGAUCCCUGGCACCAGUCUGAAGCUGCGCUACCUGAGCUCCAGGGCUCCGGGCUACCGCUCCCUCCUCAAGGUCACCAUGACCCAGGCCAUGGUGCCCCUCAGCCUGGCCAAGGUGCACCUGAUGGUGGCCGUGGAGGGCCACCUGUUCCAGAAGUGGUUCCACGCCUCGCCCAACCUGGCCUACACCUUCAUCUGGGACAAGAGCGACGCGUACGGCCAGCGAGUCUACGGGCUCGCCGAGUGUGUGGUGUCCGUGGGCUUGGAGUACGAGACGUGCCCCAGCCAGGUGCUGUGGGAGAAGAGGACGGCGGUGCUGCAGGGCUACGAGCUGGUGCCCUCCAACCUGGGCGGCUGGUCGCUGGACAAACACCACGUCCUCAACGCUCCAAGUGGCAUUCUGCACAAGGGCAGCGGCGAAAACAUCUUCAUCUCGCAGCAGCAGCCGCCGGUCAUCACCACCGUCAUGGGCAACGGCCGGCGGCGGAGCCUGUCCUGCCCCAGCUGCAGCGGCGCGGCCGAGGGCAACAAGCUGCUGGCGCCCGUGGCUCUGGCCUGCGACGCCAACGGCAACCUGUACGUGGGCGACAUGAACUUCGUGAGGCGCGUUUACCCCUCGCUCAACACCACGGCCGUCCUGGAGCUCAGAAACAAGGACUUAAGGCAUGGCAACAGUCCGACUCAUAAGUACUACAUGGCGUCCGACCCGGUGACCAAAGCGCUGUUCCUGUCCGACACCAACUCUCGGCAGAUCUACCGCGUGCAGUCGCUGAGCGGCGGCCGGACGAUGCUCGAGAACGCCCAGGUGGUGGCGGGGACCGGCGAGCAGUGUGUGCCCUUCGACGAGGCCCGCUGUGGGGACGGGGGCAAGGCCGUGGAGGCCACCCUUAUGACUCCCAGAGGCAUCGCCGUGGAUAAGAAGGGCUUCAUGUACUUUGUGGACGCCACCAUGAUCCGCAAGGUGGACCAGAACGGCAUCAUCUCCACGCUGAUCAAAGCCAACGACCUGACCGCCGUGCGACCCCUCAGCUGCGACUCCAGCAUGGACAUCAGUCAGGUGCGUCUGGAGUGGCCGACAGACCUGGCGGUGAACCCCAUGGACAACUCGCUGUACGUGCUGGAGAACAACGUUAUCCUGCGCAUCACCGAGAACCACCAGGUGAGCAUCAUCGCCGGGCGGCCCAUGCACUGCCAGGUGCCGGGCAUCGACUACUCGCUCAGCAAGCUGGCCAUCCACGCGGCGCUGGAGAGCGCCACGGCCAUCGCGCUGUCGCACGACGGCGUGCUCUACGUGGCCGAGACGGACGAGAAGCGCAUCAACCGCGUGCGGCAGGUGAGCGCCGGCGGCGAGAUCUCGCUGCUGGCCGGCGCGCCGUCCGAGUGCGACUGCAAGAACGACGUCAACUGCAACUGCUUCGCCGGCGACGAGGGCUACGCGGCCGACGCCGGCCUGAACGCGCCCACCUCCCUGGCCACCUCGCCCGACGGCACGCUCUACGUCGCCGACCUCAACAACAUCCGCGUGCGCGCCAUUCGCCGCAACCGCCCGCCGGUGACCAACACCGGUCAGUUCCAGGUGGCGUCGCCUCACGAGCAGGAGCUCUACGUGUUCAACCGGGACGGCUCGCACAAGCAGACCGUCAGCCUGGUCACCGGCCAGGUGCUGUUCAACUUCAGCUACGGCGGCGACGGCGAGCUGGUGUCCGUCACCGACAGCGCCAACAACACGGUGAGGAUCCGCCGCGACGUGGCCGGACCGCUCCGCCUGGUCCUGCUGCCGGAGAACCAGGUGGUGAGCCUGGGGUUGGACCCAGCCGGAGGCCUGCGCUCAGUGUCUGCACUCAACCAGGAGGUGACGCUACUGAGCUACGCAGCCAGCACAGGCCUGCUGACCUCCAAGGUGGACGACACGGGCUGGACCAACUUCUAUGAAUAUGAUAGUGAAGGCCGCCUAACCAAUGUGACUUACCCCACGGGAAUGGUGACGAGUCUGCAUCGCGAGAUGGAGCAAUCCAUCAACAUUGACAUUGAGAGCUCCAACAGGGAUGACGAUGUCACGGUCAUCACCAAUUUGUCAUCCGUCGAGGCAUCAUACACCGUGGUUCAAGAUCAAGUGCGAAACACUUUCCAGCUCUGCUAUAAUGGCACGCUGCGCGUCUCCUAUGCCAACGGCAUGGGCAUCAGUUUCCUGACCGAGCCGCACAUCCUGGCCGGAGCGGUCAGCCCCACCAUUUGGCGCCGGAACAUCACGCUGCCCACGGACAGCGGUCUCAACUCCAUCGAGUGGAGGAUGAGACGGGAGCCCACCAAGGGCAGGGUCACCAUAUUCGGCAGGAAGCUACGGGCCCACAACAGGAACCUGAUUUCCAUCGACUUUGACCGCAACACGCGCACAGAGAAGAUCUACGACGACCACCGCAAGUUCACGUUGCGCAUCAUCUACGACACGCAUGGCCGUCCAGCCACCUGGCUGCCCAGCAGUAGCCUGGCGCCGGUCAACUUGACGUAUGCCCCCAGUGGCCGCCUACUGGGACUGCAGCGCGGCAGCAUGAGCGAGAAGAGAGAGUUCGACACCUUUGGACGCAUGCUCUCUCGCACCUUCGUAGACGGAAAAGUCUGGAGUUUCAGCUACAUGGACAAAUCCAUGGUGCUUCUGCUUCAGCAGAGCCAAAAGCAGUAUGUGUUUGAGUUUGACACCUCUGGUCGGAUCUCCUCCGUCACCAUGCCCAGCAUGGCCAAACACACCAUGUCCACGCACGUGUCCGUCGGCUACAUCCGCAACACCUACAACCCCCCCGAGAGCAACGCCUCGGUCAUCCACGACUUCAGCGAGGACGGCCGGCCGUGCGCCACCUUCUACCUGGGCACGGGCCGACGCGUCCUGUACAGGUACGGCAAGCUGGGGAAGCUCUCGGAGGUGCUUUACGACGGCACCUCCGUCACGUUUGGCUACGACGACACGGCCGGCGUACUGAAGAUGGUCAACCUGCAGAGCGGUGGGUUCUCGUGCACGAUCCGGUACCGCAAGCUGGGCCCCCUUGUGGACAAACAGAUGUACCGCUUCUCGGAGGAGGGCAUGGUGAACGCGCGCUUUGAUUACACCUACCAUGACAACAGCUUCCGGGUGGCGAGCAUCAAGCCUGUCAUCGGGGAGACCCCAUUGCCGGUGGACCUGUACCGCUACGACGAGAUCUCGGGGAAAGUGGAGCACUUCGGCAAGUUCGGCAUCAUCUACUACGACAUCAACCAGAUCAUCACCACCGCCGUCAUGACGCUGAGCAAGCACUUCGACACGCACGGGCGCAUCAAGGAGGUGCAGUACGAGAUCUUCCGCUCGCUCAUGUACUGGAUGACGGUGCAGUACGACAGCAUGGGCCGCGUCAUCAAGCGCGAGCUGAAGAUCGGCGCGUACGCCAACACCACGCAGUACCGCUACGAGUACGACGGCGACGGGCAGCUGGUGGCCGUCAAGGUGGGCGACUGGUUCACCUGGCGCUACAGCUACGACCUGAACGGCAACCUGCACCUGCUCAACCCGGGCAACAGCUUCCGGCUGCUGCCGCUGCGCUACGACCUGCGCGACCGGCUCACGCGGCUCGGCGACAUGCCGUACCGGCUGGACGAGGACGGCGUGCUGAGCCAGCGCGGCUCCGACUUCUUCGAGUACAACUCCAACGGGCUGCUGGAGCGCGCCUACAACCGGGCGGCCGGCGCCGACUGGAGCGUGCGCUACCGCUACGACGGCCUCGGACGCCGCGUCUCCCGCAAGACGGACGGCGGCCAGCACCAGCAGUACUUCUACGCCGACCUCAACUACCCGGCGCGCGUCACGCACAUCUACAACCACACGGGCGGCGAGAUCACCACCUUCUACUACGACCUGCAGGGCCACCUGUUCGCCAUGGAGGUGAGCAACGGCGAGGAGUACUACAUCGCCUCGGACAACACCGGCACGCCUCUGGCCAUCUUCAGCAGCAACGGGCAGAUGGUCAAGCAGCUGCAGUACACGGCAUACGGGGAGGUCUACUUCGACUCCAACCCGGACUUCCAUCUGGCCAUCGGCUUCCACGGCGGCCUCUACGACCCGCUCACCAAGCUGGUGCACUUCAUUCAGCGCGACUUUGACGCUCAGGCAGGCCGCUGGACCGCGCCGGACCACAGGCUGUGGCCGAAGAUUGGCAAAGAGCCGGCGCCGUUUAACCUGUACGCGUUCAAAAACAACAACCCGCUCAGCGACAUGAUAGACGUCAAAAAUUAUGUCACGGAUGUAAAGGGCUGGCUGGUGAUGUUCGGGUUUCAGCUCAGCAACAUCAUCCCCGGUUUCCCCCGACACCCUAUGUACUUUGUGGACCCUCCCUACGAGCUUCUGGCCAGCCAGGACAGUGACCACUCACGGCUCAUUACGGGAGUCCAGCACGCGGCGGAGAGACACAACCAGGCCUUCAUGGCUCUGGAGGGGAGGCUACUGAACAAGGCGCGGCGAGCCAAGCGGGACAGGCCAGGCUACUGGUUUGGCACCAAAGUGCCCAUCAUCGGACGUGGCAUGAUGAUGGCGGUCAAAGACGGGCACGUGGUGGCCAGCGUGUCGGGCAUGGCCAGCGAGGACAGCCGCAAGAUCGCCCAGGUGCUCAACAACGCCAUCUACCUGCAGGGCGCGCACUACACCAUCGAGGGCCGCGACUGCCACUUCUUCGUCAAGCUGGGCCUGGCGGACGGCGACCUGCAGGCGCUCGGGCUGAGCAGCGGGCGCAAGGUGCUGGAGAGCGGCGUCAACGUGACGGUCAGCGGGCGCUCGCGGCGCGGCGUCACCGUGGAGCUCCACACGGCCGCGCUGGCGUUCAGCGUGCGCUACGGCCUGACGGCCGAGACGCUGGACAAGGAGCGCGCGCGGCUGCUGGAGCAGGCCCACCAGAGGGCGCUGGCGGGGGCCUGGGCGCGCGAGCUGCGGCAGGCGCAGGACGGCCGGCACGGCGAGCGCGCCUGGACCGACGGCGAGAGGCAGCAGCUGCUGGCCGUGGGGAAGGUGCCCGGCUACGACGGCUACUACGUGCUGCCCGUGGAGCAGUACCCGCAGCUGGCUGACAGCAGCACCAACAUCCAGUUCCUCAAGCAGACGGAGAUGGGGAGGAGGUAACAGAGCGGCGCCACGCUCUCACACCAAACGCCACCUCUGGAGCGGGCACACGCCAGCUCCACAGGGCAACCGUCGCUAAGACUAAUGAGGAAUGCGAGUGAGCUGCAGUGAACACUGGCAGAACCAAGACUGAACAGAAUUAGGCCAGUUUGGACAGUGCAUUUCAAAAGCACCCAUGAAAACAAUGAGAAAAAAAAUGACAUUUGUUCUGUUGUUAACUAUCUUUUUUAGUCAAUAAUGUUUCCACUCAUUUGGUUGGGUGGGAAUUAGGGUUUGUGACUGAAGAAGCAAAGCAUUCAUGAAAUGCUGGUGGAUGCUUCAGCCAUCCUACAAACAUGUUCCUCUGAAUUGCUGUCUGAGGAAUCUGCAAAAGAAAAAAAAAAAAAAAGAAAACGUACAAUGUUUGUAUGGCCCAGAAGACGCAAACACCUUUUUGUGAUGGACCUUUAAAGGGACUUAGACCUGAGAGCUCAUUUCAGGUCGUAUACAGAUGUACCCAAACAUGGCCAUAACACCCAGAGAACGACUUCAAAGGUGAUGUCUGUUGAGUAGAACUGUAUAUGAACCAGGAAAUACACUUGAUUUCCCCUCUUUGUAUUUGCACUAUAUGACAAUCAUGAGAAAGUCACACGUUUCAUCAGAGAUGGCUGUGAAUAACAGCACCCUGUGAGGGUGAAAUGUUUUUUUUUAUGUAAAAUAUGUAAAAAGAGUGAUUUUUUUUAUAGUUGAAGGAGAUGCUGGGUGAAAAAAAAAUCUGUAUUGUCGCCAUUGUUUAUACUUCAAAAAUUAAGUCUUUUGAAACUGUGAAACACAUAUUGAGUGUCCGUGUAAAACACUAACAUUUGUUUAGCACUGUAGAGCAUUGAGCUGAUCUCAGAGUUGUAAAUUUCUUCAAAAAGGACGUGGCUUUUGUGGUGUGUUGUGAAUCGUCAUAGAAAGAACUGCUUUGCCAUUUUCAUGUUAUACUGUAUGCCCCAUGGCAGCGCUCAUUAAUUUAAUAAUUUAAAUAUCCCCGAGCAUUGUUUUAAUAAUUUCGCUCUUUCAACUAUUGUUUCUGCCCCCGAAACAUUCUCGUUUUCACUGUGAAGAGACACAGUAUGGAUGUUUUGGAAUCGGAACAAAGACACAUUACAAGAGUAGAGAAGGAUGAUGAUUUUAACAGAAUAAAUGGUUCGAUUUUCAAC